AUGGACUACCACUCCCUUGACCGUAACGGCCGUAAGGUCGCCAAUGUUACCGCUCUUGACCCCAAGGCCAACGACUUUGACCUGAUGUACGAGCAGGUCAAGGCUCUCAAGGAGGGGAAGUCCGUGAUGAAGCCCAUCUACAACCACGUGUCUGGCCUUCUGGACCCCCCGGAACUUAUCGAGUCCCCCAAGAUUCUGGUCAUUGAGGGUCUCCACCCCAUGUAUGAUGAGCGCGUGCGUGACCUGAUUGACUUCAGCAUCUACCUUGACAUCAGUGAUGAGGUCAAGUUUGCCUGGAAGAUUCAGAGGGACAUGGCUGAGCGUGGCCACAGCCUGGAGAGCAUCAAGGCAUCCAUCGAAGCGAGAAAGCCCGACUUCGACGCUUACAUUGAUCCCCAGAAGCAGCACGCGGAUGUUGUUAUCCAGGUUCUCCCCACUCAGCUCAUUCCGGACGACAACGAGGGUAAGAUCCUUCGCGUGCGCAUGAUCCAGAAGGAGGGACUCGAGAACUUCGACCCCGUGUACCUGUUCGAUGAGGGCUCCAGCAUUUCAUGGAUUCCCUGCGGAAGGAAGUUGACAUGCUCAUACCCCGGCAUCAAGUUCUACUACGGCCCUGACACCUACUACGGAAACGAGGUGUCUGUGCUGGAGAUGGACGGGCAGUUCGACAAGCUUGACGAGCUCAUCUACGUGGAGAGCCACUUGAGCAACACAUCGACGAAGUUCUACGGUGAGGUGACCCAGCAAAUGCUGAAGAACGCCACCUUCCCCGGCAGCACCAACGGCACUGGCCUCUUCCAGACGAUGGUUGGUCUUAAGCUCCGUGAAGCAUAUGAGCGCAUCAUCUCCAAGUCUGCAGUUGCUGUGUAA